AUUGGAAAGGGGAGGAGCAACCAAACAAAGCAUAGGCAUGGCCAUAGGAGUGUGGUGGACGACGAAGAAGAGCUUAUUACUGAAACUGAGUGUGUAUCUGCUGAUCAUCGCCAUGGCUAACUGCUCUAGAGACAUCCCUGAUUCUGUUUCUGACCACCCUCCCGGGUACAUCAUCUGUGGUGAGAUUACUGCGACGUGGGGAAAGCAUCUGUGCAUCAAGCACGGCACCUGCAACAAGCCGUGCCGGGCAGAGGGGUACGACUCAGGCUACUGCGCCCCAUUCCCCUGGUCGACCUACUGCUGCUGCAAAAAUAAUUGUGGCGAGUCUGUGCAACCUCACAGGAGCAGCUUUAUAUGCGGUGAUAAUAGUCUACAUUAUUAACUAAGUAUACAUACCAUGUAUGGAUGCAUACAAGGUUAGUGAAAUAAAUCUCAUUUCCAGCCGUGUGUGUACCUACCUGUAGAAGGGAAAAAUAACCGUUCUCAUAAUGUGUGGGAACUGCUAUUUCCAAUUGAUGAAGAACUGCCUACCAAGUUA